AUGCAGAAAGGGAUGAAGAAGUACUUCGUCAACAUGGACGAGUAUUUGUCCAGUCUGGGUCUGUACCGGAAGAUGGUGGCCAGGGACGCGUCCAGUCUGUUCCGGGCCGUGUCCGAGCAGUUGUAUUACUCCCAGAACUACCACCAGAGGAUCAGACAGGACUGUGCAGACUUCAUGAGAGCCAACAGGUGCAACUUUGAACCGUUCGUUGAAGGCUCAUUUGAGAAAUACCUGGAACGUCUGGAAGAUCCAAAGGAGACAGUGGGCCAGGUGGAGAUUAAAGCUCUGUCGCAACUCUACAGGCGAUGUUUCCUGAUCUACCGCUUCCCCGGGAAACCGGCUAAUGUGAUAUCAGAAGAAGAGGACUUUGUGGAUAAGAUAACACUGUGUUGUUCCAUCAACGGUCAUUACGACAUUGCAUAUCCAAAGAGUUACCCCGCCGUCGCCGCCAUGUGUCAGUCGCUCCUGUACGAGCUUCUGUACACAAAAGUGUUUGGGGUGGAGGAAGUGGAGCUUUGUCAGGCCAUGGAGGCCUUCAGGGUCGGAGGUCGACGCUAUAGAAACAGUCCAUCAGUCUGCAGCGACAUCGACUUCAGUUACGACGCAGAGGACCGCGGACACAGGGAGGAGUUGGAGGCAGGUGGAGGUGUGACGGAGGAUCAGAAGGUUCCAUCUGAAGCCCCGCCCACCUCCAGAUUGUCGCUGCCCUACAAAGUGAUGAAGUCUCUGGAUGGAGAAGUUUACAGAAACCUGGAGUUUGAUGUUUGGCAGGACACCUGCAAAGAAAUGCAGAAGACGGACUACAUGGUGUUUGCAGGGAGGCAAUACUUCCUGGGAGACAAAUGUCAGGUGCGUCUGGAGCCAAAGGGGAAAUACUACAACGCCUUCAUUCAGGAAGUGGGAACACACAUGAGCGCCGUCACCGUCUUCAUCGAGGAGCUGGGAGAGAAACACCUGGUCCCUCUGACCGACCUGAAGCCUGUCAACCCGGUCCCUGCCUGGAACAUCGCACCCCCCUCCAGGAAAGGAGACCUGGACGCGGACUCCCGCGGCCCGCGCCAUCACCGCCAGAGGUACUUCAGGAAGUCUCGGGGCAGCAGCAGCGUGAAGGGGGCGGAGCUAAUGAUGCCACCCCCUUCCUCUUACGGAGGCCCCGCCCCUCCCUCGCUGCCCCCACGCUUCCAGCCAUCAGGACAUCCCCGCCCACCACCACCUCCUCCAUCUCCUGGAGCCAUGACCUACGACCCGUACGCCUCCCCUCACCAUCAUGCGCCCCCCUCAGCCAGGCCUCCUCGCUAUGGCGCCUCCAGAAGCUCUGCCCGCUUCCUGAACCGUCACCUCAUUGGUCCACAGCUGACCUACUACCAUCCCAGCAGACGAUAUUACCACGACUACGAGAACUACACCUUCAGGUCGAGGCGGAGCCGGCGUCAGCUCGCCGUGGCGCUGAACAAAGAUUGCCACUUUGGGUUUGCGGGGGAGUCUGUGGACGAGGCAGCUGAGCUGGAGUCGGGCAUCACUUUCUACCAGCUGGACGAGCCGACUGACAGCAGCUUCCCUCACCUGCCUAGCCCCGUGGUGGCUCCACCCCCUGCCAUGGGAGCCCCACCCACCCCUGCUGGCUCCUCCUACAGACUUCAGAGAGGCUCGGGGUCACUCCCCUCUGCACCCCCACCUGGAAACACCCCCGUGUGCUCCUCUGAGGAGGACCAGGAGGACACCAGCACUGUGGAGGACCAGGCGGACUACACAGAGGAGUACAUCUACAGCCCUCAGGACCCGAGCUACGACACAUCCGGUGUUUACUCCACCUCUGAGCCCUCCACCAACCAGGAUGAGCAAGAAAGAGGUCCAGCAGACUCUCCGGGCAGACCUGACCUGAACUACAGCUUCACACAGCAGGUUGUGAAGCCGCUAGUUAUCUGCUCCUCACCUUCCUCCUCGUCUUCAUCACCCUCCUCCCCAUCAUCACGUGUACCUGCAGCUUCUCACCUGCCAGCCGCGCACACACAGACACGCCCAGUUGUCAUGCCAACCACAUCCCCGUGGCUGGUCAAUGAGCUGGGCGAGCCUUUGUGUACGGUGGUAGCUCCGCCCCCUUACUCCUACGACCCCAAUGGCAGUGAUUUACCCCGAGACUGCAGAGUCCUUCAGUACUACUUCAACUUAGGAGUUCAGUGGUACCAUCAGAGCUGCUGGCAGCAGCAGCAGGUUUACCCGCUGAACCAUCCAGACGCAUCCUUCCAGUAUCAGCACUACUCGUCUUUCCUGAGUCCGGAGCAGCCGCUGCACGCUGCCACAGCACCGUGUCCUGAGAGCAGCAGAAUUCCCCAUCAGCCCCUCUCCUCGUACCCAGAAUCCAACAGGGCAGGAGAAGGACUGGCAGAGGGACACAGCGGAGGCGGCCCCGCCCCCUCCCUGGAAGCCACUUCCUCCAUGACCCCUACCCCUCCGGGCCCUGCCUCCUCCACCCUGCUGUACUCUGACCAGACGCCCCUCCCCUCUCCCCCUGUCCUCCACCUGCCCUAUGAAGCUCCACCCCAGACGACUUACCUGCCCACAGCGAUGCCACCUUCUCAUCCUCAUCCUGCCCACCCUCACUCCACCCACCUGCCUCAUCACUCCUCCUACCACCCCUGCCUUCCCUCUCCUGUCCACUGGGGGGCGUUUCAGCCUGGAGGCCCCGCCCCUCGAGUAUAUUGCCCCGCCCCUAACCCUUCCCAUGUGGUCAGUUACAUUUCUGCCCCACCUCCUCACCAUGCCACACACUACCUGCCCCCGGGCAUGUGA